GGAAGAUGGGUUACGUAUUGAGAGUGAGACUGGCAUCAUUCUUCGCAGGCGUUGCAACGGCGUCGUCUGUGGGUCUCUACAUCCUCUACAAUGACUACAAAGCUGCCUAUGAAUCCAUCUCCCAUCAGGUGAAAGGCUUCCAUGAGUCAUUGGACAGACGAAUCUCUGGUUUAGAAAGUAUGAAACAAACUGAAGCUUCACAACACGUGGAGGCUAUAGAGUAGGGGCUGUGAGGCUUGCUCCAGCAAUUUCUUUCAUGUUGUGGCUCUAUAAUUUCUUUAGUUUGCCCCCUUAACAUGGCUUUUGUACUCUCUUUGGUUUUGUUUCUGUCCUUUUUAUAAAAUAAUUACAACUUGACUUUUCUGUAUCACCGAGGAAUGCUCAAUCAUUUGACAGAUUUUCAUGAAGAAUUUGUGUUUUCUGCAUUUUACAUUGGUUGCCAUUUACAUUUGAUGUUGAAGUUUGGAGGCUUAAAAAUAGUGCUGUGCUGUGGUUCUAGUUGCUUUCAGCAUUUUGGGUUUAUAUUAUUCAUCUGUGGCUUUGUAGUUUUGUAUGAAUAAUGAAAUUC